UCCUGGAACUUCCAUCCCCUUGAGUGCUGGCUUUAAAGGAGUGUGUUAUCACUGUCGACUGUGUUUUCAUUGUGAAUUUUAAGAUGGAUCUCUUGCAAAGGUUCUCUUAUGAGUCAUCACUGCAAAACAUAGUGCUUGCUCUAGAGGGACUAAGAGUUUGUUGUGGUCAGAAGAUGGCAUCAGCUUCCCUGGAACUGGAGUUCUGGAUAGUUGUAAACUGUAAGCAUUGCAGCUUGGAUGGAAAGGGAUCCUGACAGUAGGGAACCAAAGAAUACCACAAAGUCACCAUAAGCAUAGCAGCUUAUAGCCCUGCUCCAGGGAAAGGUUUCCCCAGCAAAAGGGUUACAGUUCUGCUCUUAUCUGCUCUUGCAAAAAGUUGUUACUUCUCUGAUCGGUUCCAAGUCUGCGAAAGCAGGUCUUAUCCAAACCUCAUUUAAGACAUUUAUUGGAAGGGAGGAAUCCAGGAGGGUGGCUGCCUCUGCCAAGGUGGAACAGGGCAGCAGAGAAUGAAACAGGCGCAGGGCUUAUGUAGGUUUUAGGGACAGUUUUUCCAUGGUGGAGAUUUUCGGGGUGGGAAUUGGCUGGAUUUCAAUCCCUGAGUUUAGAGCUCAGGCAUUGGCUGGAUUUCAUGUUCAGGGACUGGUUGUUUUCUUUGUGCUGAGUUGGUCAGAGGCAAAGUGUGUUUCUUUGGCUCUGGAUUCAGGGCCAAAGUGUGUUUCUUUCGCUGGCUCUUUUUAACCUUUUGGCUCUGGUUUUAGGGCCAGGAUGUGUUUCUUUGGCUGGCCCCCCCCCUUUUUUUUUCCCUACAGAACCCUACUGGGUGCUAGGUACUGGGCCCAAGACCUUUACGAGAGCAACAAGGGCUCUUAACCACAGGACCAUCUCUUCUGUGGAUGAACCACCAUAUACAGGAGACAAGAGAACGGUAGGGAGGAAGAAGACUCAGGUCAUUCUGUUUACAUUUAGCACUUGCUGUUUUCAAAGCUCAUGGCACAGAGAUCUUUUGCUGAAUUAGCUGUAUAUGGUGACUCACGGAGAAGUGUGGUGGGCAUCAAUGAAUUGCCAUGGCAUUGAACUAUGCGGAGGUGCAAGGACGACUUAAACUCUCUAGGGGGUGGGUUGUAGCUCUCUGAUGGUUCAGUCCUGCGUCUGGCGUCUAACAGGAAUUUAGGAUGUAUUUACCGACUGAUUCUAUCUAACAGGACGAAGAGGGAAGGAUCAUUACAAAUCACUGAGAAUCCACUCCAGGAAUACAGAAACCAGAGGGCACCGUACAUCUCUUCUCAGGUUUUCUGGCGGUCACAGAGGGAAGAAAGUUCUAAUCCAUGAUCCUGGUCCCCAGGGAGUCCCCAGACCAGCUAUUUCCGGGUUAAUUCCCACCCACCUAGAGUGUUUCCGGUCUUCAGCGCUGGAAGCGGCAGAAAGGUAAGCUUGAGUUUCAAGGACAUACAUGGACCUUGGAAGUCAUUCCUGGCCCAGACGGAGGCGAAUCAAGGCGAAAGCAGCCCUUUAAUUUUUGCGACACCUAGCACUGCCCGCCAAUUAUUUUCCUUACGAAGAGUACAGGCGGCGGGCAACGUCACUUCCGGCCACCUGGCGGUUGGCCAGAUCCGGACGUGAUGUCAGCUCCACUUCGUUCCGGGAGGAGGCAAGGCUGGUCUUGACAUUUCCUCUUGCAGCUAUGGAUACCAGACUGUUCUGAGAGAAGUGGGGCAUGGCUGCAGCCCUACAGGUCUUGCCCUCUCUCCUCCGAGCCCCAUCACGUCCAUUCCUCUGGGGACCCCCAGUGGCCCGGAUGACCAGUGGUAUGGCCUUGGCAGAGCAUGCGCGGCAGCUAUUUGAGAGUGCCGUGUAUGCUGUGCAGCCAGGCCCCAUGCUGCAAAGGGCACUGUCUUUGGAUCCUAGUGGCAGACAGCUGAAGGUGCGGGACCGGAGCUUCCAGCUACGGGAAAACCUCUACCUAGUGGGCUUCGGCAAGGCUGUGCUGGGCAUGGCAGCUGCAGCAGAGGAGCUACUGGGCCAGCAUCUUGUGCAGGGUGUGAUCAGCGUUCCCAAGGGGAUCCGGGCUGCUAUGGAGCAUGCUGGAAAGCAAGAGAUGCUGCUGAAGCCACACAGUCACAUCCAGGUGUUUGAGGGUGCAGAGGACAACUUACCAGACCACGAUGCACUGCGGGCUGCACUGGCCAUCCAGCAGCUGGCGGAGGGGCUCACGGCCGAUGACCUGCUGCUUGUGCUCAUCUCAGGUGGGGGCUCAGCCCUGCUGCCUGCUCCCAUCCCACCUGUCACACUGGAGGAGAAACAGACGCUCACCAAGCUGCUGGCAGCCCGUGGAGCCACAAUUCAGGAGCUGAACACCAUCCGGAAGGCCCUGUCCCAGCUGAAGGGUGGAGGGCUGGCUCAGGCUGCCUAUCCUGCUCAGGUGGUAAGUCUCAUCUUGUCAGAUGUGAUUGGGGACCCUUUGGAGGUGAUCGCCAGUGGCCCUACUGUGGCCAGUGCCCACAGUGUGCAAGACUGCCUGCAUAUUCUUAACCACUAUGGUCUUCGUGCUGCUCUGCCACGUUCUGUGAAGACCGUGCUCUCUCGAGCGGACUCUGACCCCCGUGGGCCACAUACUUGUGGUCACGUCCUCAAUGUCAUCAUCGGCUCUAAUUCUCUGGCACUGGCUGAGGCUCAGAGGCAAGCUGAGCUACUGGGCUACCAUGCCAUGGUGCUGAGCACAGCCAUGCAGGGUGAUGUAAAAAGCGUGGCCCAGUUCUAUGGGCUGCUAGCCCGGGUGGCUGCAGCCAGCCUUACUUCAUCUAUGGCCGGGCAGCCCUUGGAGGAGGAGGAAAAGCUCUAUCAGCUGGCAGCUGAGCUCCAGCUCCCAGACCUGCAGCUGGAGGAGGCUCUGGAAGCUGUGGCAAAGGCUAAUGGCGGCCCGGUCUGCCUCCUGGCUGGUGGUGAGCCCACGGUGCAGCUGCAGGGAUCUGGCAAGGGUGGCCGGAACCAAGAACUGGCCCUGCAUGUGGGAACAGAGCUGGGAAGACAACCACUGGGGCCUAUUGAUGUGCUAUUUUUGAGUGGAGGCACUGAUGGGCAGGAUGGGCCUACAAAGGUGGCUGGCGCCUGGGUCAUGUCUGAUCUUGUCAGCCAGGCUUCUGCUGAAGGCCUGAGCAUAGCCACCUUCCUGUCCCACAAUGACUCAUACACCUUCUUUAGCCGCCUCCAGGGCGGAGCACACUUGCUGCAUACAGGGUUGACAGGGACCAAUGUCAUGGAUGUCCACCUCCUGAUUUUUCGUCCUCAGUGAUGGCAUAGCUCAUAUUUUGGGAGUAUAUAAGAGACUUGCAAGGGCAGGGUCUCUUGGGAAGAUCCAGGGCUGGUUCCCAGGGCCUCAUUGUGUGUCAGGACUCCCUAUCUCUUUAGCCUUCUCCACCCUGCCCCAACUAGAUUGUAAGACAAGGGCUCCUUUCCACCUCUCCUUUCUGUCAAGGCAGCAGGAAGCCCUGAGGCCCAGAAGAAGCUCCUUGCCAGUUCCCAGUCCUUAUUUCUUCCCCAGGAACCCAUCUGCCCAGAUCAUCAGCAUGUUUCUUCCAUGGGUGACAUUAGGAGCCUGGAAAUAAAAAGGAGCAUGUUGUGGGGUCUCA